AUUAACUUAGUAUUAGCCCUAACAAUUAAUACCCUUCUAACCCUUUUACUAAUAACUAUUAUAUUCUGAUUACCCCAACUCAACCCCUAUGCAGAAAAAAUCAACCCCUACGAAUGCGGGUUUGAUCCACUGAACUCUGCCCGCAUUCCCUUUUCAAUAAAAUUUUUUCUAGUCGCUAUCACCUUCCUAUUAUUUGACCUAGAAAUCGCCCUACUACUACCCCUGCCGUGAGCCCUACAAACAACAAACCUCCCCAUAAUAUUAAAAUCGUCAAUUAUAUUAAUUAUUAUUUUAACCCUCAGCCUAGCCUAUGAAUGAACUCAGAAGGGGUUAGAAUGAAACGAAU